UUUACGUCAGAGUAGUCACCUUUCUAUUGGUUGUUUGCGAAAUUGAUUGGUGGACAGAACCAGCUGUCAACUAUUUAUAAAGUGAGGAAGACGCUGUUUGGCGGCAUGCUCAAAACAUACUGAGGAUGGACGCAGCUCGUAGUGAAAGUAUCUGUAGGGGUUUCUUAAAUGGCACAUGUAGAUUUGGUUCCAGGUGUAUUUAUCGACAUGAAUGGCCAGGCAUACCGCCAGCCCAAAUAUGUAGGUACUUUCAGAAAGGUAUAUGCUGGUAUGGUGCGUGCUGUAGGUAUGCCCAUGUCCUUCAUCCCGAAGUUGAUGCAGCUGCUGGAGGUAGAAGACGUUCAGUGCCCACCGUUUCCUCCUCCAGUAUGGCUUACGUUUCACCUGACAGAAGAGGGUCAGAGCCAGCUCUUUUGCAGGCUGCGGUGACGUCCGGUAGCCGAUCACAGUUGCGGGUGCAUGGGUCGUAUCCUCAACAGAACAAUGAGCGUGUGGCAGCAGAUAUUGCAGAGGAACAAUCACAAGAUGCUCACUCUCCUCUCACUGCUUCUUGGGAAUCUGUCCAGAGUUCUGAAGAUGCUCAAGCAUGUGCAUGUAACGAAAAAAAUGAGCAGGAGAUAUCUUCUGAGGCAACAGUCAAUGGAGCAGCUGCAGCUGCAGCAGCCUCUAAUUCCCUGAGGAUUAUUGAGGCAAUAGAAGCCUCCCUCCAGAGUAAAAGCGUGACCUGUGGCAUCUGCAUGGACAAGGUGUAUGAAAAGCCGGAUCCAAGAACCCAUGUUUUUGGAAUCUUGCCAAACUGUGAUCACGCCUUCUGUUUACAAUGCAUUAUGACCUGGAGGAAAACAAAAGACCUUGGGCCGGAUGUGGUAAAGAGCUGCCCACAAUGCCGCGUGAGGUCUGCCUUUUAUGUGCCUCACAGACACUGGGUUGAAGGACGAGCAAAGGAAGGCGUCAUUGCUGCCUUCAAAGAGAAAUUCAGUAAAAAAAGAUGCAGUUACUACUCCCGAUAUGGAUGCUGCCCCUUCAAAACAGAGUGCCUUUAUCGGCACGACAAACAUUCCCGUCAAGGAUCAUUUCGGUAUUAUACAGAAGAAGAAGACUACGACAGUGUUGAUCUGCUUAACCUUUUCAUAGCCAUGACCCUUCUCGGUGAUGACGACGACGACGAUGAUGAAGACAACUUUGGCAUUCCAUUUUUCAUAUCUGACGAGUAUGGUUUCUGAGCUGUUCAUCAUUUGUGUCAGUGCCUGAAACCACUGACUGGGUCAUAAUUCUAAACUUGGCCCAAGAAAAACACAGGUCUGUGUUUUGACUCUUCUGUCCGUAUGAAAACCAACUCUUGAGUAGCUCUGCUCAAGCUCUGAUGUCAACCAUACUCCAUGGAAGGCCCAGUUUCAUAGGGGUUUAGUCAGCCUACAGUAGAUACUUUUACUGACUAGCACUCCUUCAACCAGAGAGGAGCUUGCCUGUAAAAUCACCUGCUGAUGUCCCUGUUGCAAAUGAGGACUUGUACACUUGUCUCUCUAUGCCAAAUGGUUGAUGCCACUGUUUUCGGUGUAAUCAUCCCUUAGCAAACUCAUCUUUAAUUUGCCUGAUGACCCUUUGGUUAAUCUGUGCCCUUCUAAUGUGGAUUUAUUUCAAUAAGAUAAACAUGUAGCAUAAUUGUUUAACUUUUCCUUAACCUUGGAGUAUUCAAUCCUGACUUCUCUUCUAGAAAUGUCCUUUUUUUUUUCUCCUGUAAUUUUAAAGUGUUGUGUGGAUGGUAGUUUUAAUUCUCUAUAGAUAAAAGUAUGUUAUACCCCUUCUUGCUAAUGUCCUCUGAUACAGAUUUUUUUACGAGAUCCCUUUCCCUAGUUUUGGCAAGAAUAUAAAAAUGUUUAGAUUUUAUAUCCUUUUAGACAAAUUGUACUUGUACACAAAAAAUAAACAUUGCUUCACACUUUGUCUCACUUAAAA